CCGAUCGUCCGUUCGAACGCGUUUGCAUCCACACAAGCGUCAGCACCCGGAUGAUGCUUGGCUUCACGUGAUCCCAACUCCUUUCUCCCGCAGCCGCUAAAGAUAGCCUCCUCGCUGUGUUGUUCGGUUGUUUUGUUUUGCUUGUUGUUUUGUUGUUGUUGAUUUUGUGAGGGAGAAUCGGGAAAGAUGCCUUGCUCGGCAGUGACGCUCUCGUUAGCGACCAUCACCGGCAUCAUUGCCACCGCGCUGCUCGCCAUUGCCUUCUCCACCGACAACUGGCUCUACACCGAGGUCAAACGCGCGCAGAUACAGCAAUACAUAACGAAUCAUCCAGAACAGAGUCACAUCGUUGAGCAGUUCACCAACAAGUACUACUACUACGCAAGGACGCAAGGACUGUUCAGGAUAUGCUAUCCCAGAGAUCGACCACAGCGACCGGAUAUCUACCUGAGCCCCGUAGAGACCUACUGCAUGAACAUCGACUACUUCAUCCCCGACGAAGAGAACCAGACGAGAUUGUUCAACGACGACGCCAUGGCGCGAGUUCACAUGGGACGAUCGAUGAUCGCCCUGUUCAUCGUCGGCUUCCUGGCGAUCUUCACGGCCUUCUGGACGGGAGUCGUUGGCUGCUGGAAGAGAUCACCCGGCAACAUCACCGCCACCGCUAUUCUCAUGUUACUCGCCUGUCUGCUGUGCGCCGGUGGAAUGGGACUGUGGCACGGCGUCGAAUACUACGAGAAAGAGAAGAUCAUCGGCGAGGAGUACUACCAGCAAUGGAGCAACGUCCUACGAGAGAACUCGGUGCAAUGGUACGACUGGUCGUUCUACCUAGCAUGGCUGGGCGUGGCCACGUGUUUGGCCGCGAUGACCCUGUUCCUCAUAGCAGCCAGUUGUCUGCGCAAGGAGCGCACCCGCGAGCAAAGCCAAAGCGUCCAGUACAUCAUGCCAGUUUACCCGCAGAAGUCGCAAUACGCUUACGCCGGAUACCCGGCACCAGCGGCCUAUCCAGGCCCAUACUACCACGGCUCGCAGAAUUACGCCCCGUACAACUACUGAGAGCAACGUAACGACGUCGUCGUAUUAUAAACAACUCGUCUCGCCGGCUCUUUUUUCUUCGUGAACGUCCGGCGCGUAAAACAGUGUAACGUCGAAUUCAACCGACAGAUACCAUGGUAUUUUGAUAUUUGUUUGUUUGUCGGCUCAAUUCGAUGAUAAAUAUAAAUAAUGCGUUACUCUUAUUCUUCUCUUUUUAACGCGGCGAGGAAAUUUAUUAGAAAGAGUGACGACACGAGUGAGUUAGGACUUUGUAAAAUCGAAUGUGUUAGUGUUGAAAGAAAUUUUUUUUUGUACUUAAUGUGUAGACACAGACCCAAAACGUUGCGUAUAUAUGCAGUAUAUAAGUAGUGUGCAAUACAAUUGGAAAAAGUCGUUCGCGUUGGAAACACGUAUAAAUAUAGACAGUGUAAAGAGUUUAAUGACGAUAAUAAGAUGAAUGCUUUUGAGAUUUGCGACGAUACGAGUAGUGUAAAAUUACUAAAUGCUUUCCGCGAAUCUCAAACGCGAUAGUUUUCUUUAGUCUGAUUAAACAAACUAAAUAUAUAACAAAGAAAGAGAUCUGUUUUUUUAUACUGUAGAUGAUCACAAUGUUAAAGCAAACGCUUUUCCUUAUGACGCUACUUGCGUUUGAAAAGGUAAAGAACAAUAAAAAUGGAAAUGUGCUCUUUAAGUAAUAAUUUAUAUUAAAAUAUUACAAAUAACAAGUUAUUAUAGGAGAUUAUAUGUAAUCAUGUUAAUAAUACGACAGGAAUGGCAAAAUUUACAUCGUAAUCACUAAAACUUGGUGAGAUUGACGAAAACGAAGUAUUCAUUCUUUUCUGUUUGUUCUGUACUUUAGUACUAUCAUCUACAUUUGUACCAUGCAAGAAAUUAUACGGAAAACAGAAUUUAAUAAUUGUUUAAGAGACAAGUCGACGUCGUGUCUUCCAUAUUUCGCCAAUUUACGAUUUCGCGAUACGAUUUUUUUGGUGAAAUCUUAGGAGUAAAAGAAACGAAUAAAAAGACGAGCGAUUAGCGUUUCGUCAAAGCAGCGAUAAAAUUUUUGAGCCACGAAAACAAAUUAUUUUGUUCGUUUCUUUCAUCAUCGACAACGACACGAUAACGUAUAUAAAGCACUGAGUCACAGUUCACGUGUCAUCGCAAAAUAUUUGUCCGUUUAGAAAUUCGAAGCAAAAAUAUUAAAGUUUUUUUAAUAAAUAUAUAUAUAUAUAUAUAUACUUACA